AUGGACUACCCAGCCGAGGAUGACGACACUGUAAUUUGGCAAUGUUCGCAAGCAGUUGCACUGAAACAUAUUUUUAAAGAUGCACCUGUCGCAACUGCCCCGCCCCCUUCGGUAUCCGCGCCUGGGUCGAGACCAGGUGUUCCCGCUACGACUUCAGCUGAAACACUCGGAUUGAUCCAACAACUUUCGCGCACAUUGGGAGGAUCUCGAACGUCAAAUCCGAACCCAGCACGCCGCAACACUCGUGUGGCUAGUACAGGGAAUAUAAAGCUUGGGAUGCCGCCGCCGAAGCUGAAGCCUCCUGGAUCAGAUGAAGCAUCAACAAUCCAGCUCUGGUUCGACUCGAUAGCCAUUCCGUCUACACCUCCUAACAGGACACUCUCUGGACCUCGCUCUGCAACAGAACCAACGAUUACUGUAUCUGCGUUGUUGGAUCAUGCUCGUGCGGAAUCUCCCGAAUUACCAUCUCCCCCUAUCCCGGUCAAGCCCAUCAUAUCUAUUCGGACAGAUGCGGAAGUUGUAAACAAAUCAGCAUUCUGUACUCGAAUAAACACUUUGGAAUCAGCUAUGAGUGCCACUGGGAGUGGUAGUUUUGUGUCUACUGCUGCACCCAUUUCACCGACAACGCCCCUAGUGGCUCUACCUCCCCGUCCAGAAACACCCGAAACACCCAUUCUCGACUUGACUGAGAUAUCUCCCACCCCUUCCCCAGAACCUAGACCGCUUCGCAAAGCUUCAAGACCCAAAUCACCACCUAUCGAAGUCACAUCAGUCAAGGUCUCUCCUGAAGCCUCUCGCCCAGUUCCUGACACCGCACGUGCUAUUACCGAGCCAAAUACUUCUAAACGCCCCCCGGCUGCCUCCUUAAAACACACGCAAUCUGAACCUUCUCGAUCGUUCAAGCCUCCGGUUCAAGCAUUUAAACCUCCAACCCAAACAGUGUCCAAGCCUCCUACUCAAACAACAUUCAAGUCAUCACCCACCAUUUUCCCUACCCAACGCCAAAACUCUCGUACCUUUUCCUCCUCUCAGGCCCGUCUUGGUCUGGGCACAGUGGGAAGAGGUUAUUCGCAAGUGAACAGACCCUUUAAAAUGCCUAACAAGGGGAAAGGGACAGUACCACUGACUGUUGUUCCGCUCCCGAGGCGGGAUGGAGUGGUAAAGGCCUCUGCAAGUCCAUCGAGGAAAAAGGAAAACAUCGACGCGGGGCGAGGGAAGAGGGGGAACUCGCCGGCCCCUGCUGCUCGACCUUCUACCAACCGACCGACAAGUAAUCUUUCCUCUCGAACAACAAGUGGCUCUUCCAUUCGUACCACCUCAACCAGGACUACUGGGAAACCCACCAAUCUAAAAGUACUUCUGGCUCAAAGCGCGAAAUGGGUUCCGAGAUUGGUCAGAUGA